AUGAGGCUGCUGCACGCCCCUUCAUUCGAGCUAUGCGUUUUCACAGAUGACCAAGUCCCGCCAUACGCCAUUCUAUCACACACCUGGGUUGAUGAAGAAAUCACUUUCAAUGACCUGUCCCGGCUGCGGAGGCACGAUGCUCGCGAGAAGAGAGGAUGGGACAAGAUACAGAAAAGCUGCGCCGUAGCAAAAUCCCUGGCAUUAGACUUCAUAUGGAUUGACACAUGCUGCAUCGACAAAUCCAGCAGUGCAGAGCUUUCUGAAGCCAUCAAUUCCAUGUUCAGAUGGUACGCAGAAGCUCGCCUAUGCAUCGCGUUCUUGUCUGACUGGAAUGCCGCGACAGACACUCCGGCCUCGACGACGUUUCGAUCCAGUCGCUGGUUCACAAGAGGAUGGACUCUGCAGGAACUAAUUGCUCCCCGUGAAGUCAUAUUCUACGAUCGGCAUUGGGAAGCGCAAUUCACGAGAGAUUCGCUCAGGGAGCUCAUCCGCGAUAUCACAGGGAUACCAAAAGAUGUGCUCGAAGCAUCAAAGGACGGCGGUCUACAAAGUCGCCAGCGCCUUGAUGGGAUUUCGGUUGCGCAAAGAAUGAGCUGGGCUGCGAACCGAACCACCACACGGCCAGAGGACGCUUCAUACUGUCUCCUCGGCAUCUUCGAUAUCAACAUGCCGCUUCUGUACGGCGAAGGGGCCACCAAGGCAUUCAGACGCCUUCAAGACGAGAUCAUAAAGUCCACCGACGACGAGUCACUCUAUGCAUGGAGCUGCCCCGUCGAAAUAGCAGACAAGCGGCAGUUCUGGGGGCUCCUAGCGGCGCCUUCAAGACGAGAUCAUAAAGUCCACCGACGACGAGUCACUCUAUGCAUGGAGCUGCCCCGUCGAAAUAGCAGACAAGCGGCAGUUCUGGGGGCUCCUAGCGGACAGCCCUGCUGCAUUUGGCAACUACAACGACAUGAUUCCACGUCGGUCAAGAUAUCUCACGCGGAGUUCAAAUCGGACAGUCACUGUCUCGAACAGAGGACUGCGUUUGGAUCUUUUCGUGACGCCCUUUCCAAAAGACACAUCGCGUACUAUAUUUCUCGCCUUUCUGGACUGUGA